AUGCGUAAAAACCCAUUAUGCUUGGGUAGACAGGUGGAUUUAUUUAAAAAGUCUGUUAAAGAAUACCUGCCAUCCUUGCAAAUGUACAACAAUAAAGCAGCUCAACUGUCAGGCCAUAUAGCAAAGUCUCUUUUCAUUGUUCAUAUGGGCAGUGAUGACUAUCUCUUGAACUAUUUCGUUCCUAAUGGAACUACAGCCCAACAAUACAAUCCUGAACAAUUUGCCGAUCUUCUAGUUACAGAAUUAGGAAAAAGUUUACAGGAUUUAUACAAUCUGGGAGCCAGGAAACUUUCAGUGUUUGGAAUCAGUCCACUGGGUUGUUUACCUUGUAUCCUAGAUAAGAUGAAAACUGAGACGAGGUGCGUCGAGAGUCUGAAUGAUGUAGUCAAAGUUUUCAACACCAAGCUUGAGGCCAAGCUUAAGGAAUUGGGCUCUACUCUCAAAGGCUCAACAUUCAUUAUGGGAAAUAUUUACACUAUUGCUCGAGAAAUUUUGGAAAAUCCCAGUAGCUAUGGUUAG